UGUAGAAAACGCUAAUCAGUGCCGACUGCCAAGAGAGCAAGCGAUGAGGCCGCUGGACGAGAACGAAACCACCCAAGUCUUCGAAAAGCUCUUCAAAUUCGUCGGCAGCAACCUCAAGAACAUCGUGGAGAACCCAUCUCACGAAGGCCCCGAUCCAAAUCCCGGCCGCUACUGCUUCCGUCUCCAAAAGAACCGGGUCUACUACGUCUCCGAAUCAUUGGUCAAGCGAGCAACGAAUAUAAAGCGUGAAAAUCUAGUUUCCCUCGGAACCCAGAUCGGGAAAUUUACGAAAACGGGCAAAUUUCAGUUGACCAUCCAGAGCCUGAACUUGUUGGCUGCCAAUGCUAAGCAUAAAGUUUGGCUAAAACCCACCUCCGAAAUGAGUUUUUUGUACGGAAAUAAUGUUUUGAAAGGAGGGCUAGGGAGGAUUACGGAGAAUAUCAAUCCUAAUGAUGGGGUGGUGGUCUUUUCUAUGUCGGAUAUGCCCCUUGGAUUUGGGGUUGCGGCCAAGAGCACCCAAGAUUGUAGGAAGAUGGAUCCCAAUGGCAUUGUUGUCAUUCAUCAGGCUGAUAUCGGGGAGUAUUUGAGGAUGGAAGAUGAGCUUUGAAAAUCAGGAUAAUUCUAAUCUCUUUUUUUUUUCGGGUUUUGCUGUAAUGUUUCUAAAGUAAAAGAUGAGAUUUAUGUAAAAGGGAUGAAAUAUGGCUUUGGGAUGUUUAGAGUAAUGUUGAACUGUGUUCUAGUUAAGGUCGAUGAUUGAUUUUUUUUUUUUUUAUAUCGUUGUUCUUGUAGAGUUAUGAUCAGAAUUCUUGCUAGCUGAUUACAUAAACUUUAGUUAGCUUAGAAGUUGACUAUGAACUCUUGUUAAAUGUUGGUAAUGAUCUGUCUAUGCUUUGAGUCAUAAUUAACCAAAGCAAGCACGGCCAUACCAUCAAAGUGUAGCUGUGUAGGGGCUAGCUUUCUCGCUUCAUUUUAUGGUUCUUGAUCGUUGUAUGUUGACGGAAAUGAGAAGGUGCUCUCCCACUCGAGUUAAAGUUGAAACAAGUUUUUGUUA